CGCACGCACACACACACACACAGGUACGACACACACACAGGUACGUGAGACACACACACAGGUACGACACACACUCCUCGUGGCUGUAGGGGGCUUCUUUACCUCCUUGUUUACUUACCUCCUUUCCUCCUUAUUUCAUAAUUAGGGAGCAUAAUAACUGCAUCAUAAUAAUAAUAAUAAUAACUUACUUCCAUGUUUCCUCGGGAAGCUUCUUUACUUCCGUGUUUCCUCGGGAAGCUUCUUUACUUCCGUGUUUCCUCAGUUAAUUAUCACGUUAAAAGCCUCAGAUUGUUUGAAUCGCUGCUUGGGGACGUUUGUUGUUUCUUCUCUGACUCCCACCUCCACAUAUGCUCAUCCAUAUUUAACGUACGGCAUCUAGCAUUGUGUGUGUGUGUAGUGUGUGUGUGUGUGUGUGUAGUGUGUGUGUGUGUGUGUGUGUGUGUGUGUGGCUCCCUGCGGUCGGCCACCAUCUGCCGUAGUGUGCGACAGAGUAGAUGAGUUGAUGGAGGAUCUGAUCCUAAACACAGAACGGUUCAUCUCUACGUGUUCCUACGGAGACCAAUUAAAACACAGAAUAAAAACACAUCUGUUUGUGAAGAGCUGAUUCACUUCAGGUAAAUUGAGAGAAAAGGAGGUAGAGAAGGAUCCUUGUCAGUGGGUGAGGAAGCUUUGUAGUGAGGAAGGAAGAAGAAAACUAGAUGUCCUCGUUCGGUGGUGAGUAAGCAAUAAGGGAUGUAAAUGUCCUUGUUAGGAGGUAAGGAAGCAAGGAGGUACAAAAAGCAUCCUUGUUAGGGGGUGAGGAAGCCUCCUAGUUAAGGAACCAAGGAGGGAUAUAAAUGUCCUUGUUCGGUGGUGAGGAAGCAAGGAGGUAAUGAUGCUCUCUAGCUGGUAGUGAGGAGUCAAAGAAGGGUCCUAAUUAGGUGGGCUGGAAGGUACUUUUAAACGUGGAAGUGUUGACCAAUGAGAAGAACAGAGUUUAAAAGUGGUAAGUAGUAAUAAAGGUGUGAACAGGUGUUUAAGGGUGUCUGAAGGUGUUUAAGGGUGUCUGAAGGUGUGAACAGGUGUUUAAGGGUGUCUGGAGGUGUGAACAGGUGUUUAAGGGUGUCUGAAGGUGUGCACAGGUGUUUAAGGGUGUCUGAAGGUGUGAACAGGUGUUUAAGGGUGUCUGGAGGUGUUUAAGGGUGUCUGAAGGUGUGAACAGGUGUUUAAGGGUGUCUGAAGGUGUUUAAGGGUGUCUGAAGAUGUGAACAGGUGUUUAAGGGUGUCUGAAGGUGUGAACAGGUGUUUAAGGGUGUCUGGAGGUGUGCACAGGUGUUUAAGGGUGUCUGAAGGUGUGAACGGGUGUCUGGAGGUGUGAACAGGUGUUUAAGGGUGUCUGGAGGUGUGAACAGGUGUUUAAGGGUGUCUGAAGGCGUGAACAGGUGUUUAAGGGUGUCAGGAGGCGUGAACAGGUGUUUAAGGGUGUCUGAAGGCGUGAACAGGUGUUUAAGGGUGGCUGGAGGUGUGAACAGGUGUUUAAAGGUGUCUGGAGGUGUCUGAAGGUGUGACAGGUGUUUAAGGGUGUCUGAAGGUGAAACCAGGUGUGCUAUGGAACAUGCUCAGUAACUUUGUCUCUUCCUGUCUGCAGCUCGGCCGCCAUGUCUAAAGCGACGGUGAAGAAGCUGCACUGGCGCUCGAAGGUACAGGAGAGCUUCGUCCCGCUGGGCGGUGGCUCCGGAGAGCUGGGGCUGGCCAUCGGGGGCGGGGCCGACUACGGUGAGUUCCCAUUCGUCACUGCGGCCCACGGGGGCGGGGCCACUGUGGGCGACAUCAUCCUAGAGAUCGGGGGGACACCAGUGUUAGGGAUGACCCUCGGGGAUGUCAGAGGAGUCCUCAACUCCUGUCCUCAUCCAAUCAGAAUCAAGACUGUGUCACCAGGCUCGUCCCUCUGUAAGGACCUCAGGUUGUACCUCAGUAAGUGUUUCACUCCGGGCUCCAUGGACAGUCAGCUGCAGCAGCUCAUCAGAGAGAACCUGUACCUGAGAGCUGUUCCCUGUACGACCAGGCAGCCUCGGGACGGGGAGAUCUCAGGUGUGGACUACAACUUUGUGUCCAUCGAGGAGUUCUUCUCUCUGGAGGAGUCCGGAGCUCUGCUGGAGAGCGGCAAGUUCAAAGGGAACUACUACGGGACGCCCCGCCCAGUCCACAUCGGUCCAGAGAGUCCACCAAUCACAUACCAGGAGCACCGGAACCUGCUGAGGAACUUUAGGACCAGGAGCAAAUCUCUGAGUAACCUGGAGAAAGCUGUGGAGGAAGGAGACAACAGUGAGGAGGAGACAGCAGGUUCGGCUGGACUCCCGCCCACCAUCCUGCCUCUCAGCCAAUCGUGGGAGUCGGCGGUGGGGGGUCGAGAGGGAACGGAAAACGGAGGAGUAGGAAGAGGAAGAGGAGUAGGGAGAAGAAGAGGUCCUCUGCCUGAGAACUGGGAGCUGGCGUUCAGUGAUUCAGGAGAGCCGUACUACAUCAAUCAUAAAUCAAAGACGACCAGCUGGCUGGAUCCUCGAACUCAGAGCAAAGAGACGAGUCCGUCUACAGAACUCCCAGAGUUCACGGAGCAGCCCGCUCAGCUGAAGGGUUACUCCAUCCACACCCGGCUCUCCAAAGGCCCUCGAGGCUUCGGCUUCAACAUCGUGGGAGGCAGUCGACCCAGAGAGUUCCUGCAGGUGUACAGUGUCACACCUGGAGGACCACCAGCUCUAAACACAGCGGACAUCCUGGUCCACAUCAACGACAGCUGUGUGCUGGGUCGCUCUCACAAAGAGGUGGUGGAGAUGCUGAAGUCGGUGUCGAUGGGUCAGAGUGUGGACGUGGUGCUGAGAAGAGGAUACCCGAUGCUCUACAACCCGGAUGGAUGUCCCAAACAGAGUCUGGAGCCGCCACAGACUCCCAGUGAGCCGCCUGACCCCCACGACCUGAACCGCGGGCCGACACACCUCACAUAUAGUCGAACGCUGGACGCCAAUGGCAGCACACCAGGGUCGAGGCAAACCCCGCCCUGCUACGCUGCUCAGCCAAUGAUGAACGGGCUGACGGGCCCGCUGACGCCCACUUCCUCUUCUGACCCCCCAUCGGGUCCACCACCACCCCCGGAGAGGACAGCAGCCAUCCACCACAGUGACUCUGACGGCGGCCUGUCGAACGCUGGAACACGCAGGUCUUCUCUGAUUCGCUACAACAGCAGCACCCUCCCCGCCUUCUCGUCUUCCUCCCUCCUCCAACAUCAGAGCUCCAGGUCUUCAGAGAGUGACCUGUCUACGUCGACGCUCCCCAUCCCCUCCUCCUCCACGCUCCCCAUCAGCUCCUCAUCAUCCCACGCUCUGUCCAAACUGCCCCUCUCUCAGCCAGAGACGGGCCUCCUGCAAAACUCCACCAGCCCCACCGCCGCUAACAAACCCACCUCCUCCUCCUCUCCCAGUGCUCCUGUGCAGUGCCCACCGAUGCCCCAGACUUCCCUCGCCCUGACCCCGCCCAGAGACGUGCCAUCCUGCGGCUUUAAUGGCUGUCCAGCCAAUCACCAAACACCCUCCCCAGGCUCCAGAGGGAACCCAGGGCUGGUGCUCCCCCUCGGGGCAGCGGGGUCGCCCGGGUCAGCUCCCUCUGGAGAGCUCGUACCGGUGGCCCUCAGGCGCAGUGAGAGCGGCGGACUGGGGUUCAGCGUAAUGGCGGCGGGUCAAGGAGGUCAGCUGGCGGUGGUGAGGCGGGUCUGGGAUCGAAGGCACUGCCCCUCACUGCAGACGGGGGACGCAAUAGUGAAGAUCAACGGAGCAGACGUGCAGAGCCUCAGCUUCUCUCAGGUCCAGAGAGUCCUGCAAGAACACACCAAACAGGGAGAGGUGGUACUCCUGGUCUACAGAGGAGGUCCCGUGUCUUCCCCAGUCGUCACCCCCAACCUCUACAAGCCCCUCCCCUCCCCACACGGCCUGGCCACGCCCUCUUCCUCCCACACCCCAACUUCAGCCGACUUGCCUUCCCAGUCCACGGGUGCCUUAGUGGGGGUUUCCCCACUCAAUCAGGCUGGUUUGGUCCUGGAGAGUCCCCAGGAGGGGCACCUACCAGCCCCAGGGACCCACCAAGGAGCCCCUCCUGCCCAGACUCCAAAUGGGCCCCCGGCCUCUGCCCUUAUCCAGAGCACCAGCUUCCUGGACUCCGUUCCCGUGACGCUGACCUUAGAGCCACGUGAUCUGCUGGGAGUAGAGGAGAGCGCUGGUGGGCCUCCCCCCAUCAGAGGGGGAGUCGUUGGGGGAGGAGCACUGGGAGCAAUAGCCAAGGACGGAAGAGGAGGAGUAAAGACGGUGGAGGUGGAUCUAAGGAGGCAGGCGGGAGAAGGUUUUGGAUUUGUCAUCGCCUCUCAGGAAGUCACCAAUGGGGGUGAGUCCCAGUGAAUCUCUUUUUAUUGAAACACUGUGUGAACGCUGAACUAAACAUGUUCUAGGACAGUGUGGUGAUGCUGAAGAAAACAAUGACGAUUAUCAGGUAACUUCUAAAGAACACAUCAGAGAUGCCAAAAAGAGUAACUCCCACUGAUUCCAACAGUAUUAGUACAACAUCUGUGUGUUAAGACUCUGAUUGAGUACUACUUUAGAUUCAAAAGACUUCAGUUAAGUUUAAAAGACUUAGUAUGUGAGGACUUCAACUCUUCCUGCACAGACCUGAACAGGUGGAAGACCUGGGUGGUUGGUCUGGUUCUGGAAUCCUUCUAACUCCUGUUGUAUUUUGGGGACAGAUUUCAAAUAGCAUCUGAAAGAUCUCAAAGUAUUUAGAGGUGUUGAAACACAGUCAAAGCUCCCGAUUUGAAAGUCUGGUGAGAGUCUGAGUUACGGCUGGGCGGUAUACCGGUUCAACCGGUAUACCGGUUUCAAUUUCCCGUAUG